AUGGCUGGACCUGGCGGUGGUUUGGACGGGGUUGGGGGGGCUCUGAGCAGCUCCUGGGAUCACGUGCAAGGAGCUGGGCGCAGCGGGAAGCCGCCGGCCGUCCCCAGCGUGCCCCAGCUCGACAGCGCUCCAGGCCUCGCUCUGCCCCUCCUGGCGGACAGAGCAAGAAGGACAGAGGAAUCGAAAUCCCCCGGCAGCUGGGGAGGGGUCCCAGCGCCUUCAUCCCGGCGGAAGAGCCGGCGGCAGCUCUUCAUCGAGGCCUUCGUCUCGGCGGGCAGGGUGGACAACAUCGCCAUGGUCAUGGGGCUGCACCCUCAGUAUCUCAGCAGCUUCUGGAAGACCCAGUACCUCCUGUUGCGCAUGGACGGGCCCCUGCCCUACCACAAGCGCCACUACAUUGCCAUCAUGGCGGCAGCCCGGCACCAGUGCUCCUACCUGGUGGGUUUGCACAUGGGGGAGUUUCUGCAGGUGGGGGGCAACCCUGCGUGGCUGCAGGGGCUGCACUGCGCCCCCCAAAAGCUGAGGAACCUCAACGAGAUCAACAAGCUCCUGGCGCACCGGCCCUGGCUCAUCACCAAGGAGCACAUCGAGGCUCUCCUGAAGACGGGGGAGAACAGCUGGUCCCUGGCGGAGCUGGUGCAGGCCCUGGUGCUCCUCACCCACUACCACUCGCUCGCCUCCUUCGUCUUUGGCUGCGGCAUCAACCCCGAGGCAGAGCAGGACGGGGGGCCCAGCUGCCAGCCCCCCUCGCCCCCCAGCCACAGCAGCCCAUGACGGCAUGGGGGGCUCUGGGGUAAGGGGGGGCUUUGCUUUGCAGGGAGAGGUAAAGAUGCCAUGCGGGAGGUGGAGAUGCUGAUGGAGAGGAUGAAACUGCUGCAAGAAAGCCAGCUGGAGGAAGAGGGGGUCACGCAGGAGGAGAUGGCGACACGCUUUGAGCUGGAGAAGACGGAGAGCUUGCUGGUUGCUCCCUCAGAUAUUGCGGAUCACUCCCUGCAGUCCAACGUCCUGUGCUUCGUGGAGGACCCCGAGUUCGGCUACAAGGACUUCACACGCCGGGGCGAGCAGGCACCCCCCACUUUCCGCGCGCAGGAUUACACCUGGGAAGAUCACGGCUACUCACUAAUCAACCGCCUCUACCCCGAUGUGGGACAGCUCCUGGAUGAGAAGUUCCAGGUGGUCUACAACCUGACGUACAACACCAUCGCCAUGCACUGCGGUGUAGACACCUCCAUGCUCCGGAGGGCCAUCUGGAACUACGUCCACUGCGUCUUUGGGAUCCGCUAUGACGACUAUGAUUACGGGGAGGUCAACCAGCUCUUGGAGCGCAGCUUGAAAAUCUACAUUAAGACAGUGGCCUGCUACCCGGAGAAGACAACCAAACGGAUGUACACGCAGUUCUGGAGGCACUUCAAGCACUCGGAGAAGGUGCUGCCCCUUCCCCUCGUCCUGGGAGCGUGA